GUUUCAGAUGAGGAAGGUGUGGCUAGAAUAAGGUAUCUAAGACAGUGAACCUUCCACCUGCUGAGGACCAGGGUGCAUCCAUGGGCUACCAGGGGCAGCAGCCUGUCAUCCCGCCACAGAGCGAUCUGGAUGACAAAGAACUCCUCGUUUCUGAACAUAAGCACAAAGAGAAAACUUGUCGUGAGUCUGCUGCUGUUUUUAAUGUUGUCAACUCUAUUAUAGGAUCUGGUAUAAUAGGAUUGCCUUAUUCAAUGAAGCAAGCUGGCUUUCCUCUUGGAAUAUUGCUUUUAUUCUGGGUUUCAUAUGUUACAGACUUUUCCCUUGUUUUACUGAUAAAAGGAGGGGCUCUCUCUGGAACGGACACUUAUCAGUCUUUGGUCAAUAAAACCUUUGGCUUUCCAGGGUAUCUUCUCCUCUCUGUUCUACAGUUUUUGUAUCCAUUUAUAGCUAUGAUAAGUUACAACAUAAUAACUGGAGACACUUUGAGCAAAGUUUUCCAAAGAAUCCCAGGAGUUGACCCUGAAAACUUGCUUAUUGGUCGCCACUUCAUUAUUGUGUUUUCCACAGUUGUCUUUACUCUGCCUUUGUCCUUGUACCGAGACAUAGCAAAGCUUGGAAAGAUUUCUCUUAUUUCUACAGUUUUAACAACUCUGAUUCUUGGGAUUGUAACAGCAAGGGUCAUCUCACUGGGUCCAUACAUACCAAAAUCAGAAGAUGCCUGGGUAUUUGCAAAACCCAAUGCCAUUCAGGCCGUUGGUGUCAUGUCCUUUGCAUUUAUUUGCCACCAUAACUGCUUUUUAGUUUAUGGUUCUUUGGAAGAACCUACAGUGGCUAAGUGGUCCCGCAUCAUCCAUUUGUCCACCUUGGUUUCUGUCUUUAUAUGUGUCCUUUUUGCUACAUGUGGAUACGUGACAUUUACUGGCUUCACCCAAGGAGACUUAUUUGAAAAUUAUUGCAGAAAUGAUGACCUGGUAACAUUUGGAAGGUUCUGUUAUGGAGCCACUGUCAUUUUGACAUACCCCAUCGAGUGCUUUGUGACUAGAGAGGUAGUUGCCAAUGUGUUUUUUGGUGGGAACCUUUCGCCAGUUUUCCACAUAAUCAUAACAGUGGUUAUCAUUACCACAGCCAUGCUCGUGUCAUUGCUGAUUGAUUGUCUUGGAAUUGUUUUAGAACUCAAUGGUGUGCUCUGUGCAGCUCCACUAAUUUUUAUCAUUCCAUCAGCAUGUUAUCUGAAACUGUCUGAGGAACCAAGGACACACUCCGAUAAGAUUGUGUCCUGUGUCAUGCUUCCCGUUGGUGCCGUGGUUAUGGUGGUCGGGUUUGUCAUGGCCAUGACAAAUCCUCAAGACUGCACACAUGGGCAGGAAAUGUUCUACUGCUUUCCUGACAACUUCUCUCUAACAAACAUCUCAGUUUCUCACAGUCAACUGACAACUCAACUUUCAGUUGUAAACGCUAGUACCUUUUAAUGAGUUGACUGAUUUUUAAAUAUGUACAUUUGCAUAGACUUCUAAACCACACAAUAACAUGCACACACGUUUUAGUGUCUUUAUUAUAAAAUUAUUACUUUGGCAUUUAUUAAGACUUGGCUUUCUUUGUUCUUUAGUUCAUUACAAAAAAUAAAGAGAAAUAGAAAAUUGAAUUUAUUUUAUCUUAAGCUGGGGCAAAAUAAAUAUUUCAUUUCACCAACUGCUGCACUAAUCUUAAUUGCAGAAGGAAAGUGAAGCCUUUGACAUUUGCUGUCAUCCUCUCAAAGCAUUAUUCUUUUAUUUAAUAUGUGAGCCAAGAUAUUCCACUUUCAAAUAAGUGGAUGUUUGGGGCUUAGAAUUUUGUAUAUGUGUCCUUCAGGAAACAAAAAAAAACAACAACCUGGUUUUUGUGUUUUAAAGUCUAUAGAACUGAAGGAAAGAGAAGGGAAACUAUUAAGGAAUGUAAAUAUUCCGAAAGCGAACUGAAGCUGUCCUUUACAAUUUCAACCGCAUCCUUUGUAUGGGAAGCGAAUCCCUGGAGAAAUGAGUCAAUUCUUUGCCAUGUUAAGAGUAUGAAUAAUAGACUGGAUUUACAGAGUAAAAUGUGUGAGGAAUUGAAAUCACCUCCCAACUUUUGAUCCUUUGAGAAUAUAAUGGUAGUGCCAUUAAAUAAAUUAUAAAACAGGACGGGAAAACUCACAAGUUAUUCAGAGGAAAGAGGCCAGCAGAUCAUUUUGCAUCGGCUCUAGACCUGUUGAAUUGAAAAUGCUGGCAGGAGUAUCCCACUGGAAGCUGAACUUUCAGACAAGAAGCUUGCGAGAACAAUCAGAGCUGCAGAAGAGGCAUCCUCGCUCCUUCAGGGGGUCCUCAGAGAAAUUCAUGGUAUCUGCUAUUGACUGGAUUCUCCAGAAGUAGACACUAAUUUGAUGCUGGCAUGCAAGUAUUUAUUGGGGAUCAUAGCUCAUAGGAGAGGAGGAAAGCAGGAUUAGGAGGUCAAAGUGGAACUGCAGUACAGGCCAAAAAAACCUUAGCCAAGUCCACGGGGCGUCUGGAGCACACCUGGCUCAUCAGAAUUGUCCCUCCUCAGGACCAAUAGCAAGGUAUUAACAUCGCUGCCUGUAUCAAUUCAUAAAGGUGAGCUCCAGUGAAAAGAAGUGCCUUUGGGUUAAGCAGCUCUUUGCAGCUAAACAAACCAUAAAGGAACUGAGAGCUGGGGCUUUCUGCUGAUCACUGGGGGACCACAUGCUUCCUUGUAGUGGAUCUGGUACACACAGCUGUGCCCACUACAGCUGACCUCAGUUUUUAAUUAGGACUUCCUAUACAAGAUCUGUCUGGAAAAAGUCCAACCAUUGUUAAUAUAAUGAGAACAGUUCGCAUAACAUUGAC